ACUUUUCUCCUCUCGUACCUCGUGGUGGUAAAAAAAGAUAUCCUGCACAUAUAUUAUAUGCUGACAUUUAGACAUAUUAUACAUAUACGUGAUCACCCGGGUAAAGAUAGAGAGGGAUAGAAAUUAUUUCGACAUGGACGCCAAGACUGCCACCCAAUUUAUCGAAAGCAACUUCGACAGUUGCUUUUUGAAUCCAUUAAAGGACUUUGUAGAAAUCCCGAAUCUUACGCCCGCGUUCGAUGAGAAUUUCUUGACUAAUGGACUCAUCAUGGAUGCCUGCAGGUACAUCACCGACUUUGCCGAUGCACAAAACAUUCCCGGUCUCACACAUAGAUUACACAGCGAGGAAGGCAAAUCUCCAAUGCUUUGUAUCGUGAUCGAGGGAACUGGCAAGCGGAAUGUGAUGUUCUACGGACACGUCGACAAGCAACCGCACAUGGAAGAUGGCUGGGACGAGGGUCUGGGUGCUACCAAAGCGGUGGUAAGAGGCGAUAAAUUGUACGGACGCGGAAGCUCGGACGACGGAUAUGCCCCUUUCUCCGCACUUUUGGCCAUCAAGACCGUACUUGCUCAAGGGGUACCCUUACCACGUAUUGUGAUCUGUCUGGAGUGUGAGGAGGAGAGUGGCUCUACGGAUCUCAUAUAUCUGCUGGACAAGAUGAAGAGUGAGAUUCAAGUACCUGAUAUUUGUAUCUGUCUCGACGCAGGAACGGCGGAUUACGACAAUCUAUGGCUCACAUCAUCGCUUCGCGGGGUGGUCGCCUGCAAUGUGCGAGCGGAGGUUGUGCCUAGUGGACAGCACAGUGGCAUUCUCGGCGGAAUCAUCCCCGAGUCACUGAGCAUCCUUCGGGCCAUCCUAGAUCGCAUUGACGAGUCGUCUACCGGAAAGGUUGUGAGUACCUUCCAAACUCCAGUACCGAGCUGGAAGGCAAAAGAAGCAAAAGAAUUGGCGGCACUCAAAGGCAAGGGACUUUAUGAAUUCUGCAACUUCCUCGAUGGAGCUAAGCCAAUGUUCCACGACGAUCUGUCUGAGAUGUACUUAGGCAAUACAUGGUACGCUAUGUUAUCCGUCACUGGCGCCAAUGGACUACCUCCCACAGCUGAUGCAGGUAAUGUACUGAGGGCCUUCACCGAGUUUCGCAUAAGUUUGCGUCUGCCGCCCAACAAAGACAGUGCUGUAGCGGCACGGGAACUGCAAGAGAUCAUCGAGAAAGACCCCCCAUACGGUGCCAAGAUCACUGUCAGUGGCCUGAACCACGGUGACGGAUACUGCAAAGCCGAAUACGAACCGUGGAUGUACGAUUCACUCUCCAAAGCUGCUCAGUCCAAUUUCGGAUCGAAGACAUUCGGAACCUUUGCCACAGGUGGAUCCAUACCAUUCCUGACAGAAUUAUCGAAAGUGUAUCCCACAACUAUGAUUGUAGGCUUGGGAGCCGCUGGCGCUGAUUGUAAUUGCCACAACCCAAAUGAGAACCUGGACCUACCUUUCAGUAAGAAAUUCAUUGGUGCUUUGGCCUCAGUCCUGGCCGAUUGUGGAACGGUUUAGUAAACGCGUGGGAACCUGGUAUCGACCCUAUCAGAGGUAGAUUAUACCAAUGGCCGCAGAUUGAUUUUCCUUAUUAUUAUCGAGUUCGGCAUCGACAAAAUCUUCUUGAUUGGCGGAACUAGACGGUAAAUCUUACCCCUGUUUGUAGGCGUAAAUGAAACCAAUCAAUCUGGACUCAAAAGAAAUUGAAACGCAGUCAAUACGCAGUUUAAUAUGGACUUAAGAGAAAAUAAAAUUGCAGUCAAUAUGGA